AUGUCAGUUGAGCAGUCCACACGAGACACGAGCGCGGCUAUUGCUCGAAUGGAUGAAGCGACAAGUGGCCCAGAUCCCAGAAUCCCGGGGGUGGUUAGCAUCGCAGUGACCAGAGAUGGAAAUCCAAUCCUGUCGCACGCAUCGGGUAACAUGAAGCUUGAUGGUGAAUCGCGUAUGACAUUGGAUUCAGUGUUUUGGUUAGCGUCAUGCACGAAGCUUCUCACUGGCAUAGCAUGCAUGCAACUCGUGGAACAAGAGAAGCUCGCACUUGACGAUGCCGUUCAGCUUGAUCGCCUUGCUCCUGAAUUGAAGGAACUAAAAGUAUUGACAAGAGACUCCAGUGGAUUUUACACGCUGGUGCCGCAAGAGCGUCGAAUUACGCUUAGAAUGCUUAUGACACACACAGCCGGUUUCGGAUAUGCCUUCGACGAUGUUAAGCUCAGCGACUGGGCAAGGCCGACCGGUAUCGACGAUUUUUCAGGACAGAGAGAAGAUGUUCUUUUGCGACCGCUAGUAUUCCAACCUGGAACGGGGUUCCAGUACGGUGUGAGCAUCGAUUGGGUCGGAGUCAUUAUAGAACGGGCCACGAAAAUCCCCCUUGAAGAGUACUUUCAGACGUGUAUAUUUGCGCCGCUAGGUGUAAAGGAUUUAGCAUUCUACCCGACGCAAAACAUGAAGCAACGUCUUGCUUACAUGCACCAGCGGGCAGCCGACGGUUCAUUGAGUGUAACUGAUCAACUUCUUCGACAUGCGCUUGUUAAGCCGGUGUAUGCAACGCAGGAAAAACUUUGUAUGGGUGGUUGUGGGUGCUUCGGGACGCCGAGAGAGUACUCGAAAAUUCUGGCUAUGCUACUCAACAAGGGAACCUGUCCGAAGACAAACGAACAGAUAUUGAAGUCGGAAACAAUAGAACAAAUGUUCACCGACCAGAUCCCACAGUAUCCGAUCUACCACAAUGACUAUUGCCAAUCAGCAAAACCCACACUCGCCAAUAGUUGUCCGAUUAUACCCAAACCCGGGAAUCCGACCGAUGGUUGGGGUCUUACAUUCAUGUUGAGCCAUGAGAGAAGCGAAACUGGGAGAGCAGCUGGUUCAGCGUCUUGGGAGGGCCUGGCAAAUUUAUACUGGUUUGCCGAUCGCGUCAAUGGCAUCGCUAUGAUCUUCGCGACCCAAAUUCUUCCAUAUGGGGAUCUCGAAGCAGUCAAGCUUUUUCAAGCGAUUGAGAAGGAGGUGUAUGCAAGCUGUGGCUUAACGACUGGUCUAUUAAAGGGCAAUUGUUGA